AUGUCCAACAUCCAAGCGAACCAAAUCACCUGUGGUUGGGGUGCCAGGGAGCAACAACCCGGAGUUGACUCAACGCACCCUUUAGCCACGGCAGACCUCAUCCGCGCCUCCGCCCAGAUAGUGCUCAAGUUCAACAGCAUCACGCUCCUCGACCCAUUGAAAGCUGAAUAUGUCGCUUUCCGCGACUUUGGCAGAUCGCGUCCAACUCGGCGUUCUCUGUCAAUUAUCAUCUCCCGUGCCACGCAGCAAGUAUCAGAAGUCAUUGUUAAUCUAAAUGCGCGCAAGAUCGAUUCUUGGAAGGACCUUAAGAACGUCAUGCCUAUACUAACCCUAGAAGAUCUGGAUGUCAUUGAACGAAUCGCCAGAGUUCAUCCUAAAGUCAUAGAGGCUUGCAGAGGGCUUGGAAUUACAGAUAUGUCAAAAGUCUUCUUUGAUGGAUGGGCAAUUGGAGUCGAUGAGCGCUGGGGGUUCGAGAGAAGGUUGCAGCAGGCACUUCCGUAUUAUCGCGCAUCACCGUCGGACAAUCAAUACGCCCACCCACUGGAUUUUAUCGUUAUUGCGGAUACGGAGCGCGAAGAGGUACUUUCGGUGGAUAUCCGGACCGUCAAUGGCGAGCGCACGCCUAUUCCCGUGAAAGGGCAUAACUAUCUCCCUGAGUUAGUGGACAGGAACAUCUAUCAACACGACCUCCUCAAGCCGAUCCAUAUCACUCAGCCUCAUGGGGUUUCUUUUACCAUGCGCGGAAGGGAAAUCCAAUGGGCCAACUUGAAAAUGCAUAUAGGCUUCAACUACCGGGAGGGCCUGGUCCUGUCCGAUAUUCGUAUGCGGGAUCCACACGAUGUUCAUGGAAACGGCGACAACUACCGCAGCAUAUUCAACAGGCUGAGUGUCGUCGAAAUGUUCGUCCCAUACGGGUCUCCCAAAACACCGCAUCAUAAGAAACAUGCAUUCGACAUUGGAGAAUACGGCGCAGGCUUCAUGACCAAUUCCCUCAAACUCGGCUGUGACUGCAAAGGCGCAAUUCACUACUUAGACGCUGUUCUAAAUUCGGGCAGCGGUGCUCCGCUUCUCAUCAAAAACGCAGUGUGUAUCCACGAGGAGGAUAACGGGAUUCUGUACAAACACACCGAUUUCCGUGAUGGGCGAGUCAUUUCAGCGCGCGAUAGAAAGUUGGUCAUUUCGCAGAUCCUGACAGCGGCAAAUUACGAGUAUGCCUUCUAUCACACAUUUACUCUAGACGGCACGUACAAGCUCGAAGUCAAGUUGACGGGCAUGUUGAAUACCUACUGCCUCCACUCCAGCGAAGAAUCGGCUCCCUAUGGCACGGAAGUGGCGAAUCGGCUUGACGCACAAAAUCAUCAACAUAUUUUCUCCCUGCGUGUCGAUACGGAGAUUGAUGGUCAAAAUAACAGUGUCAUCCAAAAUGAUGCAGUCGCUGCUGGUAUCUCAACUGAUCAAAACCCAUAUGGCAACGGAUUCGUCGCCAAGAAGACCUUAUUCAAAACAGCCAUCGAUGGCGCGGCCAGCUAUUGCCACGAAACUUCUCGGACUUGGGACAUCGUGAAUCCCAGCAAGGUCAGGCCAAUCUCCAAGAAACCUGUGGGGUAUAAAAUCGUCAACACGCAGUGCCCAGCGCUCUUAGCGAGGCCGGAUAGUAUCUUCGCGAAGAGAGGCGCAUUCGCCCAAAAGGCCCUCUGGGUGCUUCCCUAUCGAGACUAUGAACUCUUCCCCGCUGGGGAUUACGUGUGCCAGUCUAGUGGAGAGCAUCACCCCGACAACCUCACGAUCACCGACUGGGUUGCGCGCAACGAGUCUAUUGACAAUGCCGAUAUCGUCUGCUAUGUCCAGUUUGGGCUUACACAUUUCCCCCGCACAGAGGAUUUUCCCAUUAUGCCGGCUGAGCCUGUCAGUGUGAUGAUACGGGCAUCGAAUUUCUUUGAAAAGAAUCCUGCGCUCUGGGUGCCGCCUUCUGAGCUGGCGGGGGAUACAUCUUCAACAGAGGCUUUCGGUGGCAGAACGGGGCGCACUGGUCAGACUACGAGCUCUUCGUCGUCAAAGCUGUAA